AUGACUUUCAAGACUCUCUCAGCAACGGCCGCCGCCGCCCUCGAUAGGGAGCUCAUGAGCACCUGCGCCUUCUCCAUCGAUCAGCUCAUGGAGCUCGCCGGGCUGUCCGUCUCUCAAGCAGGUGGCGACGGCCUGGUCGCCGCGCGGCAUCUACGCCAUUACGGAUACUCACCCUCCAUCUACUACCCUAAACGGACCAAGAACGAUCUCUACCAGAGACUCACCAAGCAGCUGGAAGACUUGAACGUUCCCUUCGUCGACGAUUUCUCUGAGGCCCUUAAAGUGUCGGAUCAUGUCGUGGACGCAAUCUUCGGCUUCAGUUUUUCCGGUGAAGUCCGAGAGCCGUUCCCUGCCGUGAUUCGAGCUCUCCAAGAAACCAAGCUUCCGGUGACUUCCGUAGAUGCCCCUUCAUCUUGGGAUAUCGAAAAUGGGCCGCCUAAAACCGGGCUCGGAAGCACUUUCAACCCUGCUGUCCUGGUUAGCCUCACAGCUCCGAAGCCGCUCGUGAAGUAUUUUGCCGGAAGGCAUUUCAUCGGAGGAAGGUACGGACCUUGUUCCUCCCCUGAAUUCAGCUACCAGGAGCUGCAACAGCGUGUCGGGUUCGUUCCGCCGGGUAUUGCGCAAAAGUACGACUUCGAGCUUCCAGAGUAUGAGGGGAUCGAUCAAAUUGUCGAAGUUGAUUCCAGCGGUCAAAAGCUCUGA